AUGCCUGGUGUGACUGUGUUAUCACCUUCCUCAGCUCUCGGACUCCGUCUGCCCUCGAAAUUUGCACCAGCUAUGCAAAAUGGACUGAGCACCCACCACGACACCGUUGCGCAGAUCAAGGAGGCUGCAAAGGAACAAGCCCAGAAAGUCCGCGGUGCAUCUGCCAUCUCCCUUCUCAAGUCUGCACGCGGUCAGAUCCAGCUCGCACAAGCACUCGAGCGCGAUGGCAACCUCAAGGGCGCUCUCAGUGCCCUUACCAAGUCUGCCGCGUUGGCACAGAUGUUCAUGGACUCCGCCGAGUUCAAGCAGGAAGCGCAGCCGGGCAAGAUGGGUGUCCUCGUCAAGGACUUCCUCGACUUUCAGAACCAUGAGGGCCAAGAUCUCACAGGCAAGAUCCAGGCUGUAGAGACCAAGUUGCUAGAUGGGGAGCGGUCGUCUUCACAAGUCGAUGAUGCUGAAAGCGACGUGGAACCCGCGCAGCGCACUGGCGGCAGCAUUGCAGACCGCAUGCGCGCGCUCCAGACCGCCGGACUGUCCGUCUCCUCGACCAAGCGGCUGUCCCGCGAGCUCUCCCCCGCGCCGUCGCCUCUGUCGCCGGACAUGGCGCGGCCGAACCGAGCCUCUCUGCAGAGCCUGUCCUCGCAGCUGGCGAGCUUGCCAAGCCUGACGACGUCCAGUCUGUCUCCCGUCGCAGCAAGUUCGUCGGCGGCGUCGGCGGCGUCGCCGCACGCGCUCGUCCCAACCUCCAGUCUGGGCCCACCGUCUCCUCCCUCGUCGACAUCGUCUUCCCCACGCCUGUCGCAUUUCAAUUUGGCCGAGUUCGCAUCCCAGUUCCCGUCUAUCGACGAGCUCGACGAGAUGGACGGGCUGAAGCUACCGUCUGUGCCCACAGGCACGGGCAGCGCGAGCUCGCGCUCCUCCAGCAAGCACUCGGACCCGGAUUUGCGCGGGGAGCGCUCACUGUUCUCGCCCCCGAGGGCGUUCCCGCUCCUCCCCAUGGACCCCGGCCCCCGCCCGUCGAGCACGCCCAUCCCUCCCACGAUAGACACGUUCAUCAGCCGCCCCGCAUCGCCCGCGCCCUCGUGGUCACCCCGCUCCCCGCCGUCGGUCCCCCGCAAACCGUCUGGACUCGCGCUCGGCGGCCGCUCGCCCGUCAUGGGCCCGACGACACCUCCGACCGCGGAAAGAUCCGAGACACCGAUCUCGACGCUGUUCCCCAAGACGCUCUUGGAGCUCAACGCCAAGCCGAAUUACAAGGUGCUCGUAUUGGAUGUGCGAACCCGCGCGGAGUUCGAGCAGGAGCACGUCAAGGUCGACGCGGUGGUGUGCAUAGAGCCGUCGGUGCUCUUGCGGGACGGGAUCACUGCCAAGGGUAUCGAAGAUUCGCUCACUGUCGCGCCCCGGCACGAGUGGGCGCUGUUCAGCAACCGUGACAAGUUCGAUUUUGUCGCGGUGUACGACGACAAAUCGGAGACGUUUGGCCCGCCGAGUUCCCCGUUGUCGAUAUUCGUCCGGGCGAUUUACGAGGUGGCGUUCUCAAAGUACCUGAAACAUCCGCCGAUGCUGCUCGUCGGGGGUUUGCAUGCGUGGAAGCGAGAAUUUGGGGACAGAGAACUAAUUCAGGGCGCCUCGGGAUCGUCAUCGGUCGCGCGGAGUGUCUCAGGCAUGCCGAACGGGCUGGCAUCUCCCAGCGCAAAUGGAGUAAUUGCUCCCGUACCUUCUUUAGCUGAGAGUUUGCCUCCCACCCUUAGCCAUACGCGAUUACCAGCGGAGUCCACGAGUACUACGAUUUCUGCCACCGCUAACCAUGAUAUGGACAGCGUCUCGUUCGGACGACAUAGAUCAGGGACAGAGCCAUCACCAUCGUAUGAGCGAUACCCUCACAGGCCAUGGAUACCAAGUCAUCCGAAUGGCCGCCCCGCUGACCAGGACAUGGUGCCGCUUUCGCCCACCACAGAUUCUGCGAGACGCUUGGUGCGCAAACCCGCGAUGUCGCGCCCGUCGUCGAGUUCGAUCUCCUUCCCGCAUACGCCGUCGAUACCUGAAAACACUACUACGCCGUAUACGUCCCCGCUCCUCAAUGGGUCUUCACCCAUCACAUACCCGCAGUUUGCACGCCAUAUAUCCCCCCAAAUAUCUGGAUCGUCUUUCUCUUCUUCUACCGGACUGAAUGGAUUAGUGUCUAUGCCGCCACAGGCAUCUAUUAACCCGUCGCCACUCUCGCGGCGGAGAAGCGAUUAUAUUGAUCAGUCGCAAGAGGCGCUCUCGGGGCUGACGAAGCGCCCCUCGAUUGACUACCCUGAUUUAUCGGGGCACAACAUUCUGCGUCCACCGCCCGCGGCGGCGUCUUCCUCGCUCGAGCGGCACGACAACCGGCCGCGCCUCAUACAGCAGCCGUACACGAUACCACACAAGGGGCCCAAGCCACCGACGAUACAGUCUGACUACCCCGUGACGUACUGGGCGGACAUCCAGAUCGGCACGUCGGGCCUCAAGAACCUGGGAAACACGUGCUAUAUGAACUCGACGAUCCAGUGCUUGAGCGCGACGGUGCCGUUCGCGCGGUUCUUCACGGAUGGCAGAUGGAAGAGUGCGGUCAACAUGAUGAACCCGCUCGGGACGAAGGGUAACCUCGCACAAGCCUUCGCCAAUAUUUUGCGCGAUAUGUGGCAAGGGGAGAUGCAGUGGUUAUCGCCGGUGACGUUCCGACGGUCGAUAUGUAUGUACGCGUCGCAGUUUGGGGGCACGGAGCAGCAUGACUCGCAGGAGUUCCUUAGCUUCCUGCUUGACGGACUACACGAGGACCUCAACCGCGUGCUGAAGAAGCCACACAUCGACUCGACCCCGGAACGGGAGGCGGAGCUAGAGAAGAUGCCGACGCAGGUCGCGUCGGAGCAGGAGUGGCAGAUCUACCGCAUGCGCAACGAUAGCCUCAUUGUGGACUUCUUCCAGGGCCAGUUUCGUAACCGGAUGGAGUGCUUGACAUGCCAUAAGACGUCGACAACAUAUAAUGCUUUCAUGUAUCUCACGUUACCCAUACCCUCCGGACGGAUCACCAGGGUGACUUUACAUCAGUGCCUAGAAGCAUUUGUGAAGGAAGAGGUCAUGGAGAAGUCAGAAGCUUGGCAUUGUCCCCACUGCAAGGAACUGCGCAAGGCGACGAAGCGGCUGUCUCUGUCAAGACUGCCACCGGUUCUCCUCAUCCAUCUCAAGCGCUUUUCGGUCAAAGGACCCUUCACUGACAAGAUCGAGACAUUCGUAGACUUUCCUCUCAGAGGCUUAGAUCUUACAAACUACAUGCCAGCGCCUCUACCGCCCGGUGUGAGCGGAGGCUCGCAAGUGCCGCGCGACGAUCCUCGUUCGCAGUUGCCGCCAUAUCGGUACGAUCUGUACGGCGUGACCAACCAUUUCGGGACCUUGAGCAGUGGACAUUAUACUGCCUUCAUUGCUUCCCGAGGUGGCUGGUUAUACUGCGACGAUAGCCGCGUAUCACAGAGUGACGCGAAGAACGUCGUCGGCAAACCCGCGUAUAUUUUGUUUUAUAAGAGGAUCAAAGCGUAA